CCUCCCAUUGCAUACAGUGAGAGCUGAGAAGAGACGCCUAGCUACUGCCACGGAGCUGAAUCCCUGCCUUGGUGGUACAGCACACGCUGCGGUUUGAUAGAGACGAGCUAAAUACCACACGGGGCUGGGGUGCCUCCCUGGGACACGGUGGCUGCUUCCCUGUUCCAGCUCGUGCCAGGUGCUGCUGGAGUAUUACUCUAAGGCACCACCAAAAUGAGUGAAAAUGAAGACCAAGGUGAUCCAGCAAAUUUGGGUGAUAUAACAGAAAGUGGAGAAUAUGAGGAUGACUUUGAAAAAGACCUUGAAUGGCUAAUUAAUGAAGAGGAAAAAGAAAACCUUGGUGAAUUAGAGAAUCCUGAAAGAAAUGAAGGACAUAUUGAAGGAACAAUUGUUAAAGUUGUGGAGACCUUUGAGGAAGACAGUGAAGAAAUGGAAGAAAAUCCAGAUCAGCUUUUAGAAGCAGGCAUAGAUGUGAAAGUGAAACCCCACAAUGAAGAAAGUUUCGUAUCUGGGUCUGACAUAAAACAGGGGGAUCAUCUAUCUGAUACGGAUAGUGAAUGCUCAAUCCAGGAAUCCAAGCUAGAAAACCAGCAGCAACUGGAUGAGGAAGAGGAUGAAGAAAUAAAGCGUUACAUCUUGGAGAAGAUUGAAGAAGCCAACAAGCUGCUGGAGAAUCAGGCUCCUGUGGAUGAGAAUAGAGAACGGAAGUUAAAAUUUAAGGAUACGUUGGUGGAUCUUGAAGUUCCUCCUCCAGAAGAUGCUGAAGUUUGUAAAACAGACCUUGCAAGAGAAGAUGAUGUCUCAAAUAGGCUAUCUCGGUUACAUAUUUCUAAUGAAAUGGGGCAGGAAAGCCCAUCAUUUUCACCACAUGCUGGCAAGAGUGAGGAACAGAAGGAUGGUAAAAUCCUAGUGGAAAAAGAUGGGAAGUUUGAACUUCUAAGUUUACGUGAUAUUGAAAGCCAGGGCUUUUUGCCCCCAAUAAGUGUUUCUUUCACUGAUAUUGAAACUCAGCGUACAUCUCCAAAAUCACACCCCAGUUCUUCUGGUGCUGUCUCUCGAAUGAAGGAAGUACCUCCUGUAAGACCAGGUGUACGUUCUUUGUCUCCUGCUGGAGAAGAGUGUGUGUAUUUCCCUAAGCCCCCAUCUAACCCUAAGUAUCGUCCAAACUCUGCAAUCAAUACUGCAAGAGGUCUGGGAAAACGGAAGACUCCGCCGAGAGCACAGUCUGCAAAUGUGCCCGUGAGAAGUUCCACUUACUGUCUUUCUCCCAGACAAAAAGAACUGCGGAAGCAGCUAGAACAAAGGAAGGAAAAAAUGAGGAAAGAGGAAGAAGAAAGGAAAAAAGAACAAGAAGAACAGAAGAGAAGAGAGAAUGAGAUGGUAUUUCGAGCCUGGUUACAGAAGAAGAAAGAACAAGUGCAAGAAGAAAAAAGAAUUCGUCGUGCAAAGGAACUGGAAAACUUGAACAGCAAAGACAGGAGUAGGAAUCCAGAAGAAGCCUUCAAGUUAUGGCUUAAAAAAAAGCACCAAGAACACAUGAAAGAAAAACAGAUAGAAAUUUUGAGACGGCAGGCAGAGGGAAUUGCCUUUUUCCCAAGAACAGAGGAAUGCAACAGAGCUUUCAAAGAAUGGCUAAAAAGAAAGAGAGAAGAAAAACGAGCAGAAGAACUGGCUGCUAAAGAGCGAGCGAGGGAGCUUAGAUUAGAAGCCCGAAGAGCAAAACAGAUGCAGAACAUCCACUGCAUUAGUUCAGAGCCUCAAUCCUUUCGCUUCAGAGACCAUUACAGUUGAAAAUUUAGAGGUAACUACAGAGUUCUUGGGGGCAACCCUCUUAACUUUUAAGGCUCUUUACAGCUACUGACUUUGUGGUGUUUUUAAAGCUUUCAAGUGAGUUUAACGAUUCCCUUCAUUGACAAUGGUUUUGCUAUUUAUUUGUAAUGAAUUUUGUUGAAAAGCCUGCUUUUAUGUACAACUCAGGGAUCUUCUUGGUUUGACCAAAUCUAAAUGAGAGAGAAAUCUGUUUGCAAGGGUGGCAAAUACAUACUCCCCUUUAAAAGGCACUUUAUUACUCAACUCCACCAUGAAUUCCCAGAUGCAGGCUAUUAUGUAAAACAGUGAAUUUUUGCUGGAUUAAUAUUGCUGUUUGCUGCUUGUGAUGAUGCCUGUACAACUUGUUGUGUUGUUGGAAAAUGCUACUUCUUGAAUCUUUGAGUUACUGCUUUCUAUUGGCUUGUGGACCAGCUGUUCUGGCUAGACCAGAGGACGCUUUUGUUUCAGAGGAAGUGGUGAUUGAAGGCUAACAUGUAUGUGAACUUGCAUCUGUUUUUCAGAAUCUUAAUUCUUUGAGCCAGACUGAUGCAUACAUAUUCAGUAGUUUUAUACUCCAUGAAAUUAAAUAUAAUGUGAAUUAUGAUCUUUACCAAUAUCAAGGAAGCUGGAUUCCUUGUGUACAUUUCCAUGUUUGCUAAACUUAUUGAAAUAAACUGUGUCACCUUGA